GCCCCGAGCCGCCGGGAGCGGGGGCGUCCCGCAGCCCGGAGCAUCACCGCGGGCCGGGCAUGGAGCCCUGGCGGCAGUGCGCGCUCUGGCUGAUCGCCUGCCGGGUGCUGCCGCCCAACCACCGGGUGACCUGGGACACGGCGCAGGUGUUCGACCUGGCGCAGACCCUCCGCGAUGGGGUCCUGCUCUGCCAGCUGCUCAACAACCUGCGCAGCCGCUCCAUCAACCUCAAGGAGAUCAACCUCCGGCCUCAGAUGUCCCAGUUUCUCUGCUUGAAGAAUAUAAGGACCUUCCUUUCAGCAUGCUGUGAGAUAUUUGGGAUGAAGAAAAGUGAACUUUUUGAGGCAUUUGAUUUAUUUGAUGUGCGAGACUUCGGAAAGGUCAUAGAAACACUCUCAAAACUUUCCCGCACUCCUAUUGCAUUAACUACAGGAAUAAGGCCUUUCCCUACAGAAGAAAGUGUUGAUGAUGAAGAUAUCUACAAAGGCCUUCAUGAUUUAGUAGAUGAAUCUGGUGUAGAUGAAGAUGAAGAAUUAUAUGACUGUGUUUACGGAGAAGAUGAAGGGGGGGAAGUAUAUGAAGACCUAAUGAAAGAUGAAGCAGCAAAUCCACCUAAAUGUACUGAAAAUGAUGUAAGAACCUGCUGCCUUGCUGAAAUAAAACAAACUGAAGAGAAAUACACAGAAACUUUAGAAUCAAUAGAGAAGUUUUUCAUGGGGCCGCUGAAAAGGUUUCUGUCGGGAUCAGAUUUUGAUACGGUUUUCAUCAACAUUCCUGAUUUGGUGAAAAUCCACAGAAGUCUAAUGCUGGACAUUUGUGACUCCAUUGUUAAUAAAAAUGACCAGAAUUUAUAUCAAGUUUUUAUAAAAUACAAGGAAAGACUUGUCAUCUAUGGGCAGUACUGCAGUCAAGUGGAGACAGCCAUAUCAUGCUUAGACAACAUCUCCAAGACAAAAGAAGAUGUUAAGUUGAAGCUAGAGGAGUGUUCCAAGAGAGCUAAUAAUGGGAAAUUUACAUUGCGGGAUCUCCUAGUGGUUCCUAUGCAGAGAGUUCUAAAAUAUCAUCUACUACUCCAGGAGCUGGUGAAGCACACUACUGAUCCAACCGAGAAAGCAAAUCUAAAGCUAGCACUUGAUGCAAUGAAGGACUUGGCUCAAUAUGUAAAUGAAGUGAAGAGAGAUAAUGAAACCCUUCGUGAAAUUAAACAGUUUCAGUUAUCAAUAGAGAAUAUGAACCAGCCUCUGUUGCAGUAUGGAAGGCCACAAGGUGAUGGAGAAAUAAGGAUAACUACACUAGACAAACGUACAAGGCAAGACAGGCAUAUCUUCUUAUUUGAUCUAGCUGUUAUUGUGUGCAAGCGACGAGGUGAUAAUUAUGAAAUGAAAGAAAUAAUAGAUCUUCAGAAAUAUAAAAUCACAAAUAAUCCCACUACUGAUAAAGAAAAUAAAAAGUGGUCUUAUGGCUUCUACCUCAUCCACUUACAUGGGCAAAAUGGACUUGAAUUUUAUUGCAAAACUAAAGAUUUGAAGAAAAAGUGGUUGGAGCAAUUUGAAAUGGCACUGUCUAACAUAAGGCCAGACUAUGCAGAUACAAGUUUUCAUGAGUUCAAAAUGCACACCUUCAGUCGUGUCACAUCCUGCAAGGUUUGUCAGAUGCUUCUGAGAGGAACAUUUUAUCAAGGCUAUUUAUGUUCGAAGUGUGGAGCUGGAGCUCACAAAGAAUGUUUAGGAAGAUUAGACAAUUGUGGCAGAGCUAAUUCAGGUGAACACGGGACUCUGAAACACAAGAAACCAACUAAUGGAAUUCGAAGAAGCUCUAGACAUAUGGACUCAGGCUUACCAAAAAUGCAAGUCAUUAGAAGCUACACUGGGGUACCUCAGCCUGAUCCACUUGAUGGCCCUCCAUUGCACAUCCAGAUUGGAGAAACUGUUGAACUCAUCAAAGGAGAUGCACACAGCUUCUUUUGGCAGGGUAGAAAUCUAGCUACAGGAGAGCUUGGCUUCUUUCCAAGUGAUGCGGUAAAACCUAGCCCAUGUGUGCCAAAACCAGUUGACUACUCUUGCCAACUAUGGUUUGCAGGAGCCAUGGAAAGAUUGCAAGCGGAGACUGAGCUCACCAACAGGGUAAAUAGCACUUACCUGGUGCGGCAUAGAACCAAAGAAUCAGGAGAAUAUGCGAUUAGCAUUAAGUACAAUAAUGAAGUGAAACACAUCAAGAUUUUAACAAGAGAUGGCCUUUUUCACAUUACAGAACAUAGGAAAUUUAAAAAUGUAAUGGAACUUGUAGAAUACUACAAGCACCACUCUCUUAAAGAAGGUUUCCGAAGUUUGGAUACUACUCUUCAGUUUCCAUACAAGGAAUAUGAAAAUUCAGCAGGACCAAGGAAUAACAGAGCAAGCAGCAACAUGUUAAGUCCAAAAGUUAUAGGCAUAGCCAUAGCCCGGUAUGACUUCUGUGCAAGAGACAUGAGAGAACUUUCCUUAUUUAAAGGUGAUGUGGUAAAAAUUUACACAAAGACAAGCGCAAAUGGCUGGUGGAGAGGUGAAGCAAAUGGAAGGGUUGGCUGGUUUCCAUCAACGUAUGUUGAAGAGGAUGAAUGAUUUAAACACUCACUUUGUUAUAUUGAACAGAAAUUUCAGGGACUGUACAACAUAAAUUCUGCAACGUGCUGUUGGUCUUGUUAAGCAGCAGUUCUGUCUGUCCAAACCCUCCGGUCUUAAUGUUCGGAUUUCUACCGAAGUUUGUGCUGACAGAUUAAUGGCUUGCCCAGAGCUGUUCAAGAAACAACCUGCCAGUUUGCUAUCAUGAGGGACCAGUACAAAGCCCAGACUUCAUCUUCCCUGAAGACCUCUGCAAAACAGAUUUCUUUAUGUUCCUUUUCAUUUCAUCUGGUAGCACACAGUGAAUACUAGCUAUUGGUAAAUGUUUUAAAACCCUCUUUUCCGUAGGAGUGAACACUUCUGAUGGUACAAGUAGAUGCUUAUUAUACCUUAUCACUGCAUACAGGAAAAUGAGUGUUCAGUCAUGCUGGUGGGCAUAAAGUUGAUUCAGUAUACUUAUUUUGAAGCAUUAAAGCAUCCUUACUUAUCAACUUAAAAACAUCCAUAAACACAGUGAACUGUUUUGAAGAAAAUACUACUGAAGUGAAUAUGAAUAGUCUUCAUUUCAAGGUGUGCACGAAGCUGGUUUUAGCUGACUACUUUGAGGUCCUGUUUAAAUUUUCUAUUUGUUUUGACAGCAGUUAUAAAACAAAAAAAGUGUAGUGUUAUCUAAGACAUGGUAUUUCUUGAAGAACUGUCUGUAAAAUAGGAUUGUGGAGUUUUUGUCUCUGUGAUUCCCAAACUGAUGUUUUUUUCAAUUUUCAAGUAAGCAGCUGACCCUAUAAAUGCAGGCACAUGUUGCCAUGAUGUGAUAUGGUUCUGUUAGAGCUUGUACGUCACCAUUAAUUUAAAAAUUUUGCAGGUCAGAUUAUUCCUCACUUUACAUCUGCACCACUGGUCCUGCUAUAUUUGCAUUUUGGGGUUUUGGAGGUAUGUUUCCUUGGGUCUUUGUGAUGGGCUUUUUCAUCCCUUUGUUUUUUGCUAACAGGUUUGGAGUAUGCAUCACCUUAACAUCUAGCACAGGGGUUGGCAGCUUGUGGCCCACAGGCUGAAUCCAGCCAGUAGUAACCAUUGAAUUGGGCCUGGAGCCAUGGGAUUUGGGACUUACAGAGCAGGAGAUUUUGCCCCCCUGUGGCCAGGCAGUGGGGUGCGUGGCCUCUGCUACAGCCAGUUGGUGUGCCUGUACUGUGGCCUGGGACUUUGCCAGUGCAACAGCUAGGUAGUAGGGAGAAGCAGCAGCGGUGGUGGUACCCAGGUACUGGUGCCAACCCACCUUGGACCUGAGAUGGGUCAUUCCAGCCCAUCUGCUGAAAUCACUGUUAACCACUGAUCUAGCAUGAACUGUCUUUGGUCAUUAGGGCAAGAUAAAGGAAGCUUACUAGGAUUUCUUCCUGUUUCCCAGCACACCAAUUCUGAUGGUUACUUAGGUAGAGUGGUGGUAAAGUUGGUGGCAAUGCAGUGUAGUGAGCUUUCCUUCCAUAUUAUACUAAGUGUAUAUAAAGGAAUAUUAGCUUGAAAGGCUGUGACCUCGGGCAUCAGGCAUGGCAAAGUGGCAUCUGUCCUUUGCAAGUUAGCAUUUUCAUAAACUUGGAAAGUCCUGAUGUAUAUAAGGGAAGGCUGCGAUGAGAUUGGUGUCGUUGUGCAGGUGUGAGUAUGCAAUUUUUAAUAUGUAGAAUAUUUCUUAACUUUAAAGUUGGAGAUAACCCGCAGUUUAAGAUUUUAUAUUUUGUUUUUCCUGAGGGUAAUAUUUCCCCCACUUCCUUCCACUGAAUGAAGCUGGAGAGUCUACCCAUGCACACACAUUGCAGUUGGACUAGCAGUGUGGCUCCUUUGCAGCUCUCUUUCCAUAUGAUGGACUUGAUUGUUUCCACUGGUCUUCCACAGAAUGGGACCUGCACAAGUCCCAUUGCACAAGCCCUAUUGCAAACCCUGUCUUCUUUCUGUUCCCUACUUCAUGCUGGCCUAUUUGAGGUCAGGCUAAAAGUCCCAUUCAAAGGAUAGAAUCUUUUCAGUAGGACCCUUCCCUCACAGCAGCUUUUCUACCAAAGUGCUGCAUGAUUCAGGCACUGUUGUCUGGGGCCAAGUGAGGGUAAAGUAAGUCUUGCAGAAAGCAAGGUAAGUUCCAGUCUUAUUUGUGAACCCCUGCUGAUGUUCUUUUGCUUCAGAAAGUUUACCUCAAAAUUAGGUAAACUGUGAUUUCAUUGAAUAUGUUGUUUGAUGGAACCAGUUCAGAGAACUUGUAAGUAUGUAAAUAAUUCCUACAACGUAUUUUAUAAAAUGAUCUGUACAGCUAGUUAGUCUGGGGGAAUAUUGCCUUUGGUUCUGUGCUGCUAUGCAGUAGUAUUUGUGGGCCUGAUCCUGUGCUCCUUAAGUGGACCAAAUUGAUUCUUUGGCAAUUUUGCCUGCUUAAGGGGUAGAGGAGUAGUGUCUAUGAAAUGUGUUGUGCUUUGCAGUCAUAUAGUUCUGAAGAGAUGCAGUUGAAUUUGAUACAAAUUAGGAAACACAUCUGGUAUGUUCAAUAACUUAGUUUAAUUUUUUAAAGUUUGAUAAGCCGUGCUGUAGGCUUUUUGGCAAGCCAGGGGUUCAGCCAUUUACCUUGGAGAAAAAUUAAAGCCAUAACUAAACAUCUUUUUCAUGGUAUAAAUCCAUGCAUCUUUGUUGAAUGCCCUGUAUUGGACAAGUUAAUGCUGCAUUUUAAAUUGCAUUUGUUUAAACCAAAGACUUAGUAAAUAUUCCAAGCCUCUGCUUCUACAUAUGCCUUCUUUUGCCUGUGUUGAGACCUUAUUGUCACUUAGUACAGUAAUGCAAUUUGUAAUAUUUUGUAAAUAUGUGAAUAUAAUAAACCAGUUGAUUUCUUGUGUAAAUUAA